CAGUGCGGCCGCCUGCCUCUGCUCCUCCACCGGCUUCUCGCAGCGAGCGGAACGGGCAUGGACUCGGUGUGAAGACGCGCCGUCGAGCUGUCACCCCGCGCAAAAAAAGGACAAACAAGAAUACCCCUCGCUUUACGCACACAGGACCUCAGAAUAAUGAUGGAGUACUGGAAGCAAUGCGCGCUGUGGCUGAUCAACUGCAAGGUGCUCCCCGCCAACCACCGGGUGACGUGGGAGUCCGCUCAGGUGUUCGACCUGGCGCAGACGCUGCGGGAUGGAGUCCUGCUGUGCCAUCUGCUCAACAACCUGAGGGCGCAGGUCAUCAACCUGAAGGAGAUCAACCUCCGGCCGCAGAUGUCACAGUUCCUGUGCCUGAAGAAUAUCAGGACUUUCCUGGCGGCGUGCAGCGAGACAUUCGGCAUGAAGAAGAGCGAGCUGUUCGAGGCCUUCGACCUUUUCGACGUCAGGGACUUUGGAAAGGUGAUGGACACACUUUCCAAACUUUCCCACUCAAUUAUUGCACAGAAAACUGGAAUCAGGCCUUUUCCAACAGAGGAGAGUGUUGAGGAUGAGGAUAUCUACAACCACCUGGUGGAUCUGAUAGAUGAGAACGGGGUGGAGGAUGAGGAGGAUCUGUAUGACUGCGUGUACGACGAUGAAGACGGCGGCGAGAUCUACGAGGACCUGAUGAAGACAGAAGCCCUCCCUCCUCCGGCGUUUCACAAGCAGGAGACCGACAUCAGGAGCUGCUGUUUAACAGAGAUCAAGCAGACAGAGGAGAAAUACACUGAGACCCUGGAGUCUAUAGAGAAGCACUUUAUGACGCCGCUCACCAUGUUUUUAUCCAUGGGGGAGAUGGAGAGGGUGUUUGUGAACAUCCCGGAACUGGUGAAAGUUCACAAAGGUUUACUGGUGGAAAUCCAAGACUCAGUCCACCACAGAAGUGCCCAGAACCUUUACCAGAUCUUCAUCACUUUCAAAGAGAGGUUGUUGAUUUAUGGGAAAUACUGCAGCCACGUGGAGACGGCCAUCGCCUCCCUGGACGACAUCAGCAAAGACAGAGAGGACGUACGCAUGAAGCUGGAGGAGUGUUCGAAAAGAGCCAACUAUGGCAAGUUCACCCUGAGGGAUCUGCUGGUGGUUCCAAUGCAGCGAGUCCUGAAGUAUCACCUCCUGCUGCAGGAGCUUGUGAAACACACUCAUGAUGCCGGAGACAAGAGCAACCUGCGGACGGCCCUGGACGCCAUGAAGGACUUGGCUCAGUACGUCAACGAAGUCAAACGAGACAAUGAGACGCUGAGAGAAAUCGACCAGUAUCAGAAAUCCAUCGAAAACCUUAAUCAGCCUCUGAGUAACUACGGGAGACCCAAAGGAGACGGGGAGGUACGGGUGUCCUCGGUGGACAAACGGGCCAAACAGGACAGGCACAUCUUCCUGUUCGACGCUGCGGUGAUCGUCUGUAAGCGGCGGGGAGACAACUACGAGAUGAAGGAGGUGAUCGACCUGCACCUGUUCAAGGUCACCAACAACCCCACGUCUGACAAGGAGAACCGCAAGUGGUCCUACGGAUUCUACCUCACUCACAACCAGGGCCAGAGCGGCUUCGAGUUCUUCUUCAAGACCAAAGAGCUGAAGAAGAAGUGGCUGGAGCAGUUUGGCAUGGCCAUAUCCAACAUUCGACCUGAGAACGGCAGCAACAACCUCCACGAGUUUUGCAUGCACACCUUCGACAGAAUCACCUCCUGCAACUCAUGCCACAUGCUGCUGAGGGGCGUCUUCAACCAGGGCUACCUCUGCUCCAAGUGUGGUCUAGGUGCCCAUAAAGAAUGCCUGGGCCGCUUUGGCUCCUGCGGAAAAACAGAUCCCGGCUCCGUCAGAACCCAGUGCAAAGAUCGAGAUCCAGGUCUGCCCAAGAUGCUGGUGAUCAGGAACUACUUUGGCGUGCCGUGCCCCGCCUCUGGUCAACCACUCAGCAUCCAGAUGGGUGACAUCAUUGAAUUAAUCUGCGCCGACCUUCACAGCCCCUGGUGGCAGGGCAAAAUCCUGUCGACGAAAGAGGUUGGCUACUUUCCAAGCGACGCUGUGAAGCCUUGUCCAUGUGUCCCGAAGCCCGUGGACUACUCCUCUCAACCCUGGUUCGCUGGGCCCAUGGAGAGGCUGCAGGCAGAGACAGAGCUCAUCAACAGGGUCAACAGCACCUACCUGGUCCGCCAUCGCAGCAAAGAGUUCACGGAGUACGCCAUCAGCAUCAAGUACAACAACGACGUGAAGCACAUCAAGAUCCUGACCAAGGAGGGCUGCUUCUACAUCGCCGAGAACAAGAAGUUCAGGAGCAUAUUAGAGCUGAUUGAAUACUACAAACACCACUCCCUGAGAGAAGGGUUCAGGAGUCUGGACACCACGCUGCAGUUUCCUUUCCUGGAAGCGGAGAACGCUGCGGUGCACUGCAUCAACCGGUCGGGUGGCAACUUGUUUGCCCCCAAGGUGAUCGGCGUGGCGAUCGCCCGCUACGACUUCAGCUCGCGUGACACCCGGGAGCUCUCACUGCAGGAGGGCGACGUGGUGAAGAUCUACACCAAGUUCGGGGCCAACGGCUGGUGGCGAGGCGAGGUCAACAGCAGGGUGGGCUGGUUUCCAUCCACAUACGUAGAGGAGAGUGAGGAGUGAAAUGUCUGCCGUGCGAGUAAAAGUAAGAUAUAAGAAGAAGAAGAAGAAGAACGUCGGCAGUGGAGUGAGUGCACUGAGCACAUGACAGUGACAGACAGAGUGAGCAUCUCCAACGCUGCUCGCUCCUGGUGUCACGGCUUUACCCUCCUCCAGCCCCGCCGCCCCCGCAACCAUCCAAGAGGCCUCUGGGAGAGAGAGAGAGAGAGAGAGAGACAAGGGCUGCAGCUCGCCACGGGCGCGCAUGAGCCCGAUCGCCUCGGGUCGACUCGGCGAGGCUAAGUGACUCCAUCAACUAGCAGCUUGCCUGUCAGCGGGACACAAGCCCUCGCCAGACACCCCCCCCCCCCCCCCCCCCCCAUCCCUCCCCGUCUUCAUCCGUCCAUCCAGAAUUCCCCCCUCACCCUCUUCGUCUCCAACCAAAGCCCCCGGCUCCAAGCUCCCGCCUGUUCCUGCUCACCUAGUCGGUCGUAGCAAAGACUGAAAAGUCAACUCAAUGCAACUCAUCCCCCCCCCCCCCCCCCCCCACCCCCAUGUGAAAUAGACUGACCAGAGUUGCACUGACUGACACUAUACAUGUUUUCCUUUCUCUCUCGGAUGGAUCUCAGUCAGUUCUGACUUUGCCUGUGUGUUUAUUCCAUUAAUGCAGGUGGUUAUUGAUGAUUUGAUGACCCAGAUUCCACACCACCCACUCCUCCACAUCAUCACCACACACACACACACACACACACACACACACACACACACACACACACGCACUUACAGGAGAUUUAACAGAGGGAUGGAGUCGGAUAGCGUGGCUGCACACUGCCAGUAAUUGAUCGCUGUUGUUCCUAUUUUCCUCCUCCCACCUCCCCCGUUCUUUAUCUGCAGCCCGGCCUCUCAUGUUCUCGGUUGUCUUGGCCGUUAGCGAUCCGCCGCUCUUAUCGGUGGCAGCUCUGUCAACAGGAGAACGUUCGCUGAGGGUUUAUCUUAGUGGAGGCAUUAGUGUCGGGGAACAAGCCACCUGCUCCGGUGACAUAAAAACAGAGGAAAAGAGACGAGCCAAUCUCUCUACUUCUUUUUUAUCUUUUUCCUUCGCUGCUGUCUUUGCUUCUUCAGCAUGACUUGAGUUUUGUUUCAGCUCCAUCAUGUGCAGCUGUGAUGCAUACGGAAACUGUAAGUCUGCACCCAGGUUUCUACUUUUCAAACAUCCGAAUGUUUCUUUUUCCUCUGCAAUGUUGAGAACUUCUUUUACCCCGAAAAAUAUAACAUUUUCAAAGGUGAAGUCUCAACACUUCAACUCAAAAGAACUGAAAUCAUUUUUUCAGAAACCUUUUUCCGCCUUUUCCAUCUCGCCUCCCUCCUCUGUGCUUCAACCUGGUAUAUACAUAAGGCCCACGUCUCCUUAAUCCACAACGAAAAGAGGCUUUUCCCACAUUUGAGGGAAUGAAUAUCUUUAAACACGCUGCACAAUGCACUUAGAAUGUAAAUACGCAGCAACAUAUAGUCGGAGGAGGACAUGGAUAUAGAGCAGUGAUCAAAUUACAUCUGGAGGUGAGGCUGAGCAGCCGGCACCGGGCAGCUAUGUUUCUUCUAUUGCAUAACAAACUACACUCCCUUGUUUCAAAUAUGUACAUAUUAAGUGUUUUAUUUAAUUCACGGUUGGUGAUUUCUGUAAAGAAAUCACCAAACGGAAACAGUCCUCAGGACACUGUUUCAGUUCAGAGGUGUCAUCCUCCCCCCAGCAGGUCUUCAUCCUCCAUCACAUCUCCAUCCUCCCGUUUUUAUCUUCAUCCCCACGUCACAUAUUCAUCUUCCUGUCACGUCCCCGGUGAAUGAUUAAUAACCUCCUGCCAGACCUGCCACUCCAUCCCUUUAUGACAUGUGACAAAAAAUAUUUUUGCUCUCAGUCAAAAGAGAAGGACCACAUUAACGUGUCUUUUUGGAAUCGUCUCACAUUUCCUAUUUGGUUUCCAUCAACAGUGUCGUUAAGUGACCACUAGAUGGAGGCAUCUUAAACACAUCUCUUCCUCUCCGAGCAGUCAGCCUGGACUUGGUGAAGUUAGGAGAUGACAUCAUCUGAUUAGGAGGUGAACAGUGUGUUUGGAAGCAGAGUAGUAGUUUUAAAAAAAACAACCUUAAAGUAUCACACAAAACUCAUGUUUAUCUGGAUUUGAACCUGCUCAUCAUGUUCACCAAGACUUUACUGAUAUUCCAGAAUCAGUAGGAACUCUUGUUUCUUAGAACCUCCCUGAUCAGUCAAACUCUAGAUGUGGAGGGUCUUCAGGAAGUAUUAGAGAGCGGCAGCGGGAACAAAUGUGAUCGCGCACACGUCUCUCUGCCGUCCUGGGAGAACAGGCGAGGCAGAGCCGGCUCCUCUAAUCCACUCCUGCACUCCCUCCUCCGCCCAGAUGAGCCCUGACAGCGGGGCCAUUUACAACUGCAGGCCUCAUCCCCUCCGAGUGAGCUCCCAUCCUUUUUUUUUUUUUUUUCCUGCCUGUGCGCAGGAGGGACGGGGAGGAAGGCUCAAGGGUAUCCGCGAUCUAAUCAUUACACCAUCUCCUCACCCCGACGACCCGCCUGCAUCCAUCUCUCUGUCAGCUCCCCCUCUCCCCGUGUCACUUCCCUUCCCUCUUUCUUUCUUUCUUUCCUUACCCCCCUUUCACCGGCAUCUAUCUUUCAUCCAAUCUCCCGUCUUCUCGGUUUCUCUCCCGCCUGCCGGUCCUCGUGCCGAUGCUCUGUAGGCUGUGGCAGCCGACGCCAUAUGUUGGCGGGAGGAGAAUAGAUGAUUCAGUAUUAUCAGGAGGGGGGGGCUCUCAAUAAACAACCACAGCAACAUGAGCACUAGUUUAAUUUGACCACAAAUUAAUAGACUGAGAGAAAUGAUGCCAAUAAGAGGAUGCAUUAGGAAUUGCUCACACCGGCGUUGUCUCCUCGUGUACAGUGUGUGCGCAGAUCACUUCCGUAUGCGCAGACACACACACUGCGUACGUGAGGGGGGGGCGUUGUGACAGGAUUCAGGGCUGAGCAAGUCUUAUCCCAGCGGGGGGGGGGUUUUGGGAUACAAUCUCCUGAACCAACACGUGAGGACAUGUUCCGUACCCAGCUGAGCAGAGACACACCAGGCACAUGUGAAGGAAUGAUCCUUCCUCCCUGGGCUGAAACUCUCUCCACCCUCCUGUCAUGUAGUUUUACCAUCAGUGUGCCCGUCUUGCCUGAGCUUUGCGUCCAUGCCCAAGUGUUGUUGUCCCAACGAAGCCAAAGAUCACUGCUGUUCCCGCUGUACAUUCAGCGUAAUGUCUCCAUGGUACCCGACCGCUGUGGCCUAACUCUAAAAACCGUGCAAUUCUGACCGUGUAGCAUUACCGUGUAUUGUUGCUGUAAAAUAUGUACAGAGCGUAUAAUAAAGAUACAUAUUGCUUCUU